UAUAACCCAAACAGCUUAACACAGUGCUAAACAAAAACACAACCAGGCUGUGAGCUGGAGACCUCAAGGGGACUUAUUCAGAUCAACCGAAAUGGAUGACUUUGAACAGGAGGCCAUAAAUGAAGACUUGAUUGAGUUUGCUAUUCGAGAGAGCAUUCAAGAUGCCUACAAGCUGCCAUGCUCAGUGCAAACAGAUAGGAAAAACACAAAUAGUGUGGAGUUUAUGAAGAUUAUGGCAGCCAUUCAAAAAGGUGAUGUGGAUGCGCUGCAGGAGCUGUCAGGUUGUGCUUCUGCCUUCAGAGAGAGUGACAGCAGGGGCUGGCUGCCUCUGCACGCAGCAGCUGUGCAGCUGCAGCCAGAUGUCCUAAUCACGGUGCUGCAGGUGUUGGAAUCCACCGACCUGACCCUGGAGGAGCAGACGGAGGACGGUGAUACAGCUCUGACUCUCGCAGCUGAGGCCGGCCAGGUGGAAAACAUCAAGCUACUUCUGAAGCACGGAGCUUCACCGCACAACAACAACAGCAGGAAUGAAUCACCUCUGCUAAUCGCAGUGAGACAACGCUCAUACGACAUGGCUAUUUCCCUCAUCAUGGGCGGGGCCUUUGUAGAGCAGGUGUGUCUCACCAAGUGGAGGGCCAUUCACGAGGCAGCAAAGGAGGGUUGUGCAGCUAUUAUGAUGCUGUUACUCCGACAUGGAGCCAAAAUAACAAGCAGAGACGGUCAUGGUGUGACACCGCUGGGGAUCGCAGCUGAACAUGGCAACUAUGAAGUUUUAGACAUACUCAUACAUCACGGUGGUGAUGUGAAUGCCCAGGCAAGCAAUGGAGACACAGUCCUGUAUGAUGCAACUGGAUCUGGAAACCUGGACUGUGUCAAGCUGCUUUUGGAGCAUGGAGCCAACCCAAAUGUUGCCAGCUACGCCUGCCAGCUGCCCAUCCAUAGAGCUGCGUAUGAAGGAUACAUACUGUCAUGUAUUACGUUACUCCCCAACACUGUAUAUGUAGAGCAAUAUGCAAAGUCAAUGCUUGGUGAUGUUGGGAUUUUCUAAAGUGAUGAAGUUUCCAGUACAGUCCUCUUAAAGAAGUCGUUUAUAUUUGUAAGCACAAGUACUGUAAAUGCUGCAGAGAACUACGGGGACCUCAGGAAGACUCCUCUCUACUUCGCUGUGUCCAACGGUGAUGUGACCUGUUCGGAGAGGUUGCUGGCGGCUGGCGCGAGAACUGACCUGGAUCCACUGCGAUGCAUACUGGUUUCUAUACGUGCUGAGAGGUUCGACUUGGUGGAGUUGUUGCUGUCCCAUGGAGCAGAGGUUAACUGUUAUUUCAGAGUGAUCAGCAACACGGUGUUCCCCACAGCACUGCAGUACUGCUUCAGAGACCACGUCAUGCUGCGAUUGCUGCUCAACAGUGGAUAUCACGCUUACAAGUGUUUCCAGUGCGGUCAUGGUGACAGUGAAGAAUUGGAUAGUACCUGGACUGAGCUGCAUAACCAAGCCUAUCAGAUUUACAGUCAACCUAAAGUCAUCUCAUUCUGUGAGUUUGUGUCAGUAUCAUGCCUUGCUCACGUUGUGGGCAAAGUGGUAAGGAUGCUACUGGACUACGUCAGCCAUGUCAGCAUUUGUUUUAAGCUCAGACAAAUCCUGCAGAGGAGGCCGGAGUGGGAGGAGAUUUCUGACAUACUGGGGAAGCCACGGUCUCUGCAGCACUUGUGUCGACUGGUAAUCAGAAGUCACAUGAGCCUCAGGACCUUGAAUGACCCUGAAACUAUGGCUGCUGGUCCCUUCCCCACAAGGCUGAUGAACUACCUGACCUACAGAGAGUAUGACCUGCAUGGUGACCUGUUAUCUGUGUGAAACAUGUUUUAUUUAUACAUGUGACUAAAGUGUGAAAACAGCCAAAGUACUCAUUUAAUGCAAUACCUUAUUUCAGUUGUUUUUUUACAGACUGAAUUAAAAACCAAAAAAUAAACAUCUAGUAUAUGAAAUAGAUGUCCCUCACACAAGUGUUUCAGUUCAUGCACGAGGAGAGCUGAGCAAGUGUGACCUGGUCCUGGACCUUUGCAGGGUGACGCGUGUUAACCCUUGGAUGCACGAGUGACUGGACCCAACGUUCUUCCAUAAGUGGGUCAAAAAUGGCCUGUGUUAAUUAUGCCGUUUUGUUAUUGUGAUUAAAAAUAAUCAUUUGUGUUAUAUUUUAUACUAUAUUUUGGUUCAGACGAGAAUGAUUUGAUGUCUGAAAUUUUUUUUUUCACAGUUUGAAAAAAAAUGGAAAUGAAAAAAAAAAAAUACAAACCGGCAACAGAACAAUGUCAACAUCCAUUUUGUUUGUGUGUCAGUAUUAGAGAUACUUCCUCUCUUUUUAUUUUCUUUGUCCUCCUGUCUGUAUGAAGUUUUGACCUAUUUCUGGCUGUAAUCCCUUCACACAGGUACAUUGAUUUUGUCGCACCGACUGCUGACUUUAUGAUCUUCGUUACUUGGAUCUGAAAUCUUGUUGUCUUUGAUUGGCUUUUUUUCCUGGGGCCCAGUUGUGGCUUUUGUCACUGUGAUUGUGGUUUGCCGUUGGGAGCAACCUUCCAGCCGGCUUCUCAUAUGUGAUGCAGCAAGCUCCUUUGAGAGCUCGGUGAGGACGACCCGUCUUGCAGUUGCGAUACCAGAUACCAAUGUGAAGCUGUGGCCACCUCUGUGUUUUACACUGGCAGGUGUAGGUGCCAACAAACUGUAGAAUGUGAUUAAUUGUGGGGUUUUUUCAAUCCUUUCUGGUAUUUUCCUCCAUGCCGUACCGCUGAAUGCAAACUCUGUGCUGUAAACCUCUUCAGAAGACACUGCACAGGAUGCAACAUUAUCUGUGGUGAUGUUGCGUCUUGUCUUUUUGAACCUAGUGCAAAACUGCUGGACCGGGAUUUCCCUCAGAUUCUGAACUUCUUCCCCUGACUGUCUCCCAAUAUAAACCCGUCCAGUUCUUGCAUAGGGGAUGCAUGCAUCACAGACUCAGAAGAACUUUUGGCUAUGACAAGCUUGUUUGGCAUCUACUGUAGAAAUUUGAACCUCCCCCUGAACAGCACAAGCUGUUUGUCUACAGUGACACAAACACUCUAAAUGGUAAAUGUGUGCUGCCUGCUAGUUCUUGCUGUUUGAAAUAAUCUUCUUAAUUUGUUACACUCUUUGCGUUCAAUAAAAUAUAUUUUCCUGACAGUCGCAGUUGACAAUAAUCAAAGGUUCCUAUGAAAUUCCAUAGGAAAUGAUUACGGGUCAUUUUUGGCCCACUUAUGGAAGCUUGGGGUAGUAACACAAAAACUAAAACUUUGUACAUGUAUAAAAGGUAAGCUAAAAAUGUCAUUGGCGUAAUAUCAAAAACACUUUUUUAAGGAAUAGUUGGAACAUGAAAUUAUAACAACUUUUCAUUAAUUAGAUAUUGCAAGGAAAAGACCGCACCAGAUCCUUUUUGACCCACUUAUGUGUCUAAGGGUUAACAAAAUCUCAAGCCCACAUGGCCAUUAAAGAGAUGACGGGUAAACCUUGCAUUUGUGUAAAAACACAUAAUUGUUUCAUCCUUCUUUUUUAGUGUCUUGACAAUCUGGUGUCUUAAAAUGUAAACAUAAAAGUCAUAAUAUCAGUGAAAUAUAAUAAACUGUGACAUUUACAAAGUUGUGUAACCUCUGUGUCUUUAUGAUCUGAUGACAUCCAAUUACCAAAGAAUUAAUUUAUUGUUUUCUAUUUGAGUUAAUAGUCAGGAGUCUGUGCACAACCAAAAGAAAUCAAUUCUUGCAACUGAUAUUUUUAAAACCAAAAUUUUUAAACAAACAGAGGUUUAGUAUUAGUGGACAUUAGUGAAUGAAGAGACAGAAUCCGUGGUGAGCACUCUACUGAAUUUAAAGCCUGAUUUCAUGACCAGUAAUACCCACUGUUCACCCCCUAACACAGUUUAAUUUUCCUCUAGGUUUAAAUUAUUGGGAGGUAUUGAAAGGCGGGAUAUGAGUAUCUCAGAUCCU